AUGCGUCGACCUUCAGCCCAUGACACCAACACCAUCCGUCCACCUACAGCCCGUAACACUCACACCAUCCGUCCACCUACAGCCCGUGACACCCACAUCAUCAGUCCACCUACAGCCCGUGACACCCACAUCAUCCGUCCACCUACAGCCUGUGACACCCACAUCAUCAGUCCACCUACAGCCCAUGACACCCACACCGUCCGUCCACCUACAGCCUGUGACAUCCACAUCAUCCGUCCACCUACAGCCCAUGAAAUCCAGCCCAUGAAAUCCACACCAUCCGUCCACCUACAGCCCGUGACACCCACAUCAUCAGUCCACCUACAGCCUGUGACACCCAUAUCAUCCGUCCACAUACAGCCCAUGACACCCACACCGUCCGUCCACCUACAGCCUGUGACAUCCACAUCAUCCGUCCACCUACAGCCCGUGACACCCACACCAUCCGUCCACCUACAGCCCGUGACACCCACAUCAUCAGUCCACCUACAGCCCGUGACACCCAUAUCAUCCGUCCACAUACAGCCCGUUACAUCCGAGACAUUUACAAUUAGUCGGUCUACAAGCCCUUGA